UUAUCUCCCCCUCACCGGCUCACCCCACCCAAAAAAAAGAAGAACUUUUUUUUCCGUCUUACUUUUGUCCGAUCUCUAUAAAUUGUCGUUUCCCGGGUUGAGGCACCGCCUGGAAGUGAAGUCCAGAUUUCGAAGAAAUGAGGGUCUCUGAGAAGGAAGAGAGCAUGAGCCCUGACUGGCUGGCGUCGACGAACUGGCUUGUUGCCGACGGAUCCCUAGAGGGCUCGAUUUCCUUCGAGACCUCAAGCGCCGAAAGUACGGGCGGGAUCCCGAUCGGCGUUCUCCUCGAGAGGCCGGCUGAUUCGCCGCCAUGCGAGAUCACCAUCUUUUUCAGGGAAAGGCAUGAAAUUCACAGCAUUUAUGUUCGGAGUUCGGCAAGGGUUUAUGAGGUAUAUUAUGCUUCUGAUAGAGACGUUUCCAGUAAUGAUUAUUUGUGUACUGUACGUUGUGGAGCUGCUGUGCAAGAAAUGACACAAGAUAUGUGUGAAGUGGUUCUAGCUGAAGGCACGGUACCCAAUGGUAUAAAUGCAGAUUUUCCCAGUAGUAAUAGCAACAAUGUUACGGAAGAUGGUUGGGUAGAAGUUGAGGUUCCUGAUUCACUUCCACCAGAUGAUAGAAGACCUGUCAUGUCAAAUAUGUCUGUAGAAAAUAUUUGCCCUAAAACACAGAUCCAAUAUGAGGCCACGGCUGAGAUUUCAGAUGCUAGUCCUUGUAUGUCUGUCACGCUUCGCUUGCUUUCACUUCAGAUUAAAACUUCUAUUUAUAUUGACGAGGUAUACAUAUAUGCUGAUCCUGUUGAAGAUACUGAUCCAGACCCUCCAGUUAGUAACGUUGGAUCAGGCUCUUUGUUGUCCAUGCUUGUGCCUGGUCUCCUGCAAAUUUCCAAGUCCAGAACCUCAUCAUCACUUCAAGAUAAAGGUUUUUCUGAUGUAUUCUCUACCGAGGGAACAAUUCAUGCAGCUUGUCGGGAUAAGUUUGAGAUGUCAGAAGUGGAAGCAUCCUCUAUGAUGGGAAAUUCUAAGGUUGGGCUUGAUCAACUACACAAUGAGGAAAAGCUGGAGCAUCCAGUCAUGGAAUCCAGUACAUCCAGCAAGAUGGUCAGUGAUCCAGAUCAGGCUUCAAUAGCCAAAGCAGAUGAAAAUAAUGGAGUUCGUGGUUGUGUAGACAACCUGUUGGAGGAAUCAGCUGUCAGGCAUACCCAAACAAAGCCUGGGGAUGAAAAAUUGAUUUCGACAGAUGAAGAAGGUUCAGAUCAGUCAGGAAUGGCUAUAAAUAAUGAUACUAAUGCUCCAUAUGUUCGUCUUGAGAAGAACUUGGAUGAUCUGGUUUCAAGAAUGGGAAAAUUAGAGAAUUUUUGCGCAAGUUUUCAGGAAAGCAUACUUAAGCCACUUACUGGAAUUGAGAUGAGGCUCCAGAGGAUGGAGGAAAAGUUAGAUGCCUUUUCCAAGGCCCCUCUGCCAUCUGAAACAUAUCCCAGUACAAGCAUCUCACGCCUUUCAGCUCAUUUGUCUAGUUUUGAAAAUGAAGGCAGUAAAUCUUCGUCUGCAGAAGCAGAAUCUAGUUCUCAUGAAAUAAAAGCAUCAGUUAAUCUGUUUAUGGGAUCAUUGCAUGAAUCUGAGAAGAUCUCAGGUCUGGUACUCAAGGCACCUGAAUUUCCUGAUGAUGAUGAUGAUGACGGUAAUGAUGAUGAGUCCAAUCUUGACUAUCCUGUAGAUUUGAAACCAAAUAAGUACCCCGGAAAUGACAAGCGUGCAUCCAUCGACAGUGCAUUAGCUUCAGCACUAGCAGCAUUUGUUGCAUCAACCACUGACAAAUCCUAUCUACAUAACUCGCAUCGAAUGGAUGUGGCCAUUGAGCAGCAAAACUGCCUCGACCAUUUCUUAGAUUCCACAGCUGAUGCAGUACAUUCAGAAGAUUAUAGAAAUUCAGUUCCUGAAUGGUUUUUAGGAGAUAAUAACUGUGAUGUGUUGAAUGAAGGCCAGGAUGAAAUAUGUCUGAGUGAAAACUCCCGCUCUGAUGUAGUCGAUGCUGAUAGCACCUCAGACAAAUUUAAUAUGAUUGAUAUUCCAGGAACAAAACUGCAGGGUAGUUGUUUAUGUGAUGAAUCUCUGCCAGCAGAUGAUGAUUCAUCUGCUGAGAUUGAGACACAGGAAUCUAAAGUUUUUGUAAUUAGGGCACCAGAGUUUCCAAAUGAAGAUGAUAUUCUUGACUGUGGCGAAAAUUCUGAGUCCCAUCCCAGCAAUUACCCUAACGUGCAUUCACACGCGCUUCCUCAUUGUGGAUCAACUCCACUAGCAUUAUUUCUAUCCUCAAGAAAGGUUAGUCCUUCCGGAAGUAUCUCAAAUUCACAUAUUGACCAAUUGGAGCUAUCUUCUUCUGAAAGAAAUAGCUUUUCAUUAUCAAGCUUCCAAGCUCAGGGAGGAUCAGAUGGUAUGAGAACAAGUAGUCUUGAAAGCUAUGUAAAUGCAGCGCUCAAGUCAUCUCUGGUGGGCUUCUUUUUUUCUGACCAUGACACAGCCGUUAUUGGAGAAGAAAAUUCCAGCUUCAUACGUCAUAGCAUGGAUGAUGACAUUUUCAUGAGCAGUAAAUUGCAUCCUGAAUAUUCUGAUUCAAAUGGCAUGGAUUCUUUCAUUGGGACUUCUGCAGUCACCGGCAACAAUGGUGGGCAAAUUUCCGGCACCGGCGAAAGCUCUGAAAAUAUAGUCCAAUGUCAAUCUUGUGACGCUACUAGUCACAUCAAAUCCCUAUUUGAGCCUAAGCAGAUGUUGAGUUUCAUUCCAGGUCUAGAUGAUUUACCCAGUAAUGUCAAAUUUUGCGCAGAUAGAAAUUUAAGAAGUUGGCUUCCACUUGAAAUCCUGCUUUGUGAAAAACAAGCUGACUAUCAACAGAAUGAUCAGCUUAAACUUGGGCAAGAAUACUUGGUCAAUAAUUUGGAGUUUUCUGUCGAAAGAGGAUUGAGAAGCGGAUUUCCUCUUGAAGCCCAGCUGGAAGAAAAUCAGAAUGAUCAUGUGGCGAGUAGUGAUUAUGGUAAUGGUGAGUAUAGUAAGCAACACAAUUCCCCACCAGCCCAGAGCUUCAAACCAAACAGUGAAAUAGCUGACAAUACUUUAUUCGAUAUUGAAGAUAAUUCUGUCCAGUCUGAGAUUUAUAAUGUGGUGACGCCUGGUACUACUACACACUAUCCAAAUCUUUUCUCGAGCCUCAUAUGAUAUCUAACUCCGCUAGAGCACCUGUUGUAAAUACUAACAUUAUGAUGCUUUCCUCUGUUUUGUAUAUGUUGGGUGUGAAGCCUUAGGCUUCGUUUGGGGCUGCUUUUUUACUGCUGCUUAAAGCAACUUUUUAGUUAAAAAAUUAAAAAUUUUCUACUAGAAUGCUGCUUUAAGAAGCAGUAAAAAAGCCGUCCCAAUCGAAACCUUAUUCUCGACAGUUAGAUUCCCUGUUCUGCCAUGUGGAUUAUAGGUUUGGAUCUGAAAUAAGUCUUCUGCUGCAGAAAUAAAGCUUCAUACCUUCCAAUAUCUGAGUGUUGUUAGUACUAUACAUUUGGUCCGCCAUUCUAUUCUAUUCAGAAAGGAAGCUCAGGUAUGUAAAUAUUUUGUUUUGCAAGCUGAUGGUUUAUAUAUGAUAAAGCUGCCCCAUUUCUUCUGCUGGCCAUCUGUGUCUGUGUUGGCCAAGUCUAGCUAAUGAUUGUUUUGUAAUCUUAAUGUGUUAAUAGCGUGUCAUAAAAUUGUUACAACUAUGUUGUCGAUGAAGUAUUUGGUCUCUUAAAUUCUGUGUAUAUAUUGGUUACAAAA